AUGAAUCCCACUGCCAGCAGUGAUGAGGGGGGAACACAAGGUGCUACCAAGAAGUCUGUUCCGUUGUUUGCUAUUCCAGAAAACCGCAGAACAUCCAAUGAGGAGAAGCAACAAGGUAGCAACGAGACGAAGGUUGCGCCGCUUUUUUCGAUUCCUAAGAAAUCUAUGCCCUCUGAGCUUGCUGCAACGAACACAAAGAAGCGCCCACUCUUUGCGCUGCCAAACCACACCGACGAAGACCAUAGCAUGGCUAAAAAACCAGCCUCUGCGAGCGGAAUCGAAGACUCGAGCAAGAAACCUCCGCUCUUCUCCAUACCGGUGAGCCCUAGCGCUGGAGUGAACAAUGACAAACCUGGCGCAACCACAAAUGCUCCGCUAUUCUCCAUACCAGUCAAUCCAACAAGUGGAACGACCGGCGGGAGAUCCAUGACAUCGGCUCUUCGCAAUCCAAACGAAAAUCACACCAAACAAGCCGCAAGACCCCCGCUGUUCCAAAUUCCAGGGAAGGCUGGCAGCAAAGAUGCCAGUAAGUCUCAAAGUGGCAGUUCGGAGAAGGAUUCUCGGCCACAGAGGCCACUUUUUGAUAUCGGCACCAGCAAACGAUAA